AUGUCCCUCGAGCCUCUCACUCUCGCGUCCCUCCUCUCCCUCCCCGUCGAAGCGGUUUCCGCGAAGCUUCGCUCCACGCCGCCCGCGCAUUUGGAGCAGCUGCGCGUCUCGCUAUGGGACAUCCUCGGCACGCCCGACCGCAAGCCGGAGUUCCUCUCCCUCCAGCGCCUGCUUAUAACGCGUACGGGCGCCGGCGCGGGCCUUUCCACAGAGUCCCUCUCCCGCGCGCACUACACGCAUCUUAAGAUCCUCGUCGCGGUUCGGACCGGCAUCCAGGCGUUUCUACACCCCGAUAUCGCCAUCCCGCCGACGUCUUUAAUCGAAAUCUUCCUCCGCCGCCGCUGCCAGAACAUGGCCUGCCAGAGCCCGCUUCCCGCGGGCGGCUGCCGCUGUCGUUUCUGCACGACGGGCAACGGCGAACCGGGGGGAUCCGGCCGGGCGGGAACAGACGGGGGAGCGACAAAUACCGCCGGGAUUUCCGUGGGGGCGGGGGGAAGCGCGGGGGGCGCGGGGGGAAGAGGCGGAGGGCAGGCGGGCGGGGGGGCUGCGGAGGGCUCCGCGGACGGGGCGACGGCGGCGACGAGUGCGCAAUUCGCGUGCCCCGCGUGCGCGCGGUCGUCGGAGCUGUUUGGGUUCGUGCGCGACGUGUUCCGCCUGUGCUCCGCGCAGUGGGACGCGGAGGCCGCGCGGAGGGAGCUGGAGUGCGUGGGGGGGAUCUUCGGCGCGAGCACGGACGCGCUCGGGCGCGAGCUUGCGCGGAGGGCGGCGCUGGCGCUGAGGGAGCUGCGGGAGGGGCGCAGGGCGUGCGCGGACAUUUGUCGCGACAUGCAGCUUUUCUUCGCCAGCAGCGCCUCGUUCGUCCCUGCUCCUCCCAAUCCUGCCACCCCCGCCGCUUCAGCAGCUUCUGCUCCUCACCCUCCCCCAACAAUGGCGGCGCCCUCCCCUGCUCCUCCCGUCGCCGCAUCUGCUCCCGUUGCUGCCCCUCCUGCUCCUGCUCCUCCUCCUCCUGCUGCUGCUUCUACUGCCGCUUCUCCCAUCCCUUCCAUGGGCCCGGUUGCCUCCGCCACAGGCUCGGCCAGACCUGCUCCCGGGCUUCCCGGUCCAGGUUCGGGCCAUACCAGACCCAGCUCCGGUCCCACCGCGCCCACGUCAGCGCUUUCCAAACCUCCGUCUCUGCCUCGGUACCAAUCCAGCCUGGAAGCAGCGCGAGAGGCUUUGGCGGAAUGCCAUAGGGACGUUCUAGGGAAGCGGAAAGAGGCAGCGGCGGUGGAGGAGGAGCGAGCGCGGAAGAAAUGGCAGGUGCAGGAGCUAGAAGCGGUUGCUGCGUCGCGAUUGGCCGACGCGGAACGUAUGGAGAGAGAAGCGGCGGAGGCGAGGAAAGAGGUCGAGGUGCUGAAGAUGAUUAUUUCAGUGAAGAAAACUACUUCGGAGGAGGAGUUUCGGCGGAGAGGGGUGGAUUUGGCUUUGGAAGAGGCUGAGGCUAAGGGUGUUUCAAGAGAUGGGUUCGAUGCGGUUGAGAGGGAUAAGGAGAGGCAGAAGGAAAAGGUCAAGGAUAUGGGUGAGCGGAAGGAGAAGCAUGGGCAGAAGGAUGGGAUGAAAGGUCAUGAGGAGGGUCAAAAGACUGCUGCUGCUGCGCAAGAGGGGCGACAGGGGCAAAAGGGUGAAAAGGAGCGACAGGGGCAAGAGGGGGAAAAGGAGCGACAAGGGCAAGAGGGGCGGGAGGGGGAAAAAGGGGGACAGGGACGAGAGGAGCAAACAGGGCAAAAGGGACGAGAAGGGGGUCCGACAGAUACUGAGGUGCGGGGACUGGCAGGUAAAGAGAAGGCAGAUGAAGAGAAGGCAUCUGGGGAAGGUACAGCUGGGGAAGGUACAACUGGGAAAGGAGGUGUCACUGAGAAGGAAGGUGCCUCUUCCGACAGCGAUGUGGAAGAGGUGAAAGAGGAGAGCGGUGCAGAGCGGUUGAGUGAGAGAAAACGGGUUGAGGCAGCUGUUGAAGGAACAGCUGCUAGGGAGAAGGGGGAGAAGGGAAAAGUGGAGAGGGGGGAGAGGGAGAGGGGAGGAGCUGGAGGGGAGGGAAAGGGGGAUGAGGAGAAGGAUGGGAAGAGAGAAGGGGAAGGGAAUGGGGGUUUAGCGGUCAAGAGAAAAUCGAGCGCGGAUGCUGCUACUGGUACUGCUGAUACUGAUGGUGGUUUGGAUAAGGUAAGGCCAGGAGGAGUGGGGGAGAAGGAAGAGGGUAAGGAGGUAGGCGCGUUGGCGGUGGACGCCGCGCCGCGUGCGGCGGAGAUUAAGGACGCGAAGGACCGCCGGGCAUUCAACCGUUCAACCGCCCGCCAGCCGACCACCGCACAUGGGCCACACUUGUGUGUCGUCCCCUCUGCCAUGCUCUCAUCUCUCCCUCCCUUCUGUCCCCCUCCUCUUCUACCCUUGCAGGGCAUUCAGCCAUUCAACCGCCCGCCAGCCGACCAUCGCACAUGGGCCACUCUUGUUGCACCGGGGAUUUGCCCUCUCUAUUCCUGUCAGGGGGCUGAGGCAGAGCUCUACGCGUCUCUCCCUCCCCCUGACCGCGUGCGCAUCUUGAAAGCUCUCUGCGAGAUUCGGCUGGAUCAAGAGGACACGCGAGUGGUGGUAGAGGCGGUCAUGAAGAAAAAUCCCGAGGAGAUUGCUGCCCUAUCCCCUGGCUCCCUCUCGGACCCUGCUGUACCCAUCCCCACCGCGCAGCAAGAGGACACUCGAGUGGUGGUGGUAGAGGCGGCCAUGAAGAGGAACCUUGAGGAGAUUGGUGGCUUAUCCUCUAGCCCCUCUGUAUCCCUCUCGGACCCUGCUGUACCCAUCCCCACCACACAGCAAGAGGACACGCGAGUGGUGGUAGAGGCGGCCAUGAAAAGGAAUCCCGAGGAGAUUCGCAUGGAGCCGUUUGGCAUGGACGCCAACAACCACGUGUUCUGGUGGGUGCAUCGUGGUGAAAUGCGGUGA